ACUAGGUCGAAGGAAUAGUUCAUGUCUAACUUAUUGGACUAUUUUAUUACUACAACGAGCCCUUUUCCAUGAAAUUAUUAUCUAAUUAGUGCACCUAAAAAUCGUACUGACGAUGACAUUUAUUUUUGAGACAUAGUUGGGUUUGAUAUAACUUAGGUGGAGAAUCAAUCGAAGAUAAAAAAUAUAUUUAUGGCCGAAAAACGUGUGUCAUAAUGGCGGAUAAACAUAGUCUAAACUAUGAUGUGAGAGAGUUGAAGCUGGGAGCUAGUUUUACUAACAAUAAAGCAUCCCAAUAUCACACAAUCAAAUAUGACUUCAAGCCAGCAUCAGUUGAUGUUAACAAAAUGGCAACAGUUGAUGUCGGAACAAAUAAUCAAGUGACUGUGACUGUACCACAUUUGGAUGGCGCGGGUGUACCUCAGACAAUUUUCAAAGGCAACCAGAGGCCCUACACCAAGGACUGCGUGCUCAUCAUAGACAGAGUUACGGGCGAGAUUACUCUGGAGAAGCUCUCUAGUAAUAUACAAGUGAAAAAGACAAGACAAGAAACCACUCAGAAGCCGCGACCCCUGACCCCUGUAACGACGGAUUUCACAAACACUACGCAACGCUCCACGUCGCGCACGCGCGUCGCAACAAACAGACGAAGUAACACUAACGCAGUACCUGGCGCGGCCCAGCCUAAUAAUGCGGCUCGGUUUAACGGCGCGGGCAACAUGGCCAAGCCGCCCACAUUGGUCCGGUCUCCACCGCGACAGAAGACCUCACCUCCACAGGCAGCGCCUUGGUCAGGCGGUGGCAAUAGUACGCUGGCGUCGCUACCGAUGAUUGGAUUGGACGACGCGCUGUCAGGUCCGGCGGGCGCCCCGGCGCCGCAGCCCCCUCCCCCGGCGGCGGCGCCCCCCCCGCAUGCGUACGCGCGCGCGUACGAGCGGCCUGCGCCCGCGCCCGCGCCCGCCCCCGCGCCCCCGCCCGAUAGGGGGCACCACAAUACUACCGCCGCGUACCAACCACCCCCUGUCUCCCAUCACCAGGCUCAGCAACAAGAAGACAGUUCUUCAAGUUCGUCUAGUGAGAGUGGCAGUGACUCGGAUAGUGGCAGCGAUAGUGAUGACAACGAUUCCAGCGCUCACCACUCUAUACCCAACGGCAACGCGCCCCCCAACCCGGCGUUACCGGCCGACGUGCUCAACGAUGAUCUCUGCCUGUCCGAAUCCGGCAGCGACUCUGACUGACCUCACGACAAGCGUUUAUUUCAUCGGGUUUGGGUGUUUCUAAUUUUAAACGUAACUCUACUCGCCCUCGAACAGAUAUCUUCUCAAACUGGCAAGCAUACAUCACAAAUAAUAAAACAUGGAGCAAUAAAUAAACUGAGUCUUAUUACGUUAUAAUUGUGAUUCUAUUUUGUGUGACUGGAUAUUUUGUUGUGGAAAUAUAGUCUACUUUGAGAGUAGAUUGCAAUAAAUUGUUUGCAUGGACUACAGGAAGUGGUUGAUAUCAACAUUAUCUAUGUUUGCUUCCGAUGUUGUUGUAAACUGUAUCCAAAUGAUAUUAUUUGAUGGAUUAUGAUUUUCACAUGAGCAGAUGUACUAUAAUAACCGGCACAAAACGUGACAAGAUUGUAUUGUGGUCUGUGGUUACUAAAUUCGCAUGUAAUGUGUUUUUUUAUUUCUUUUUACUUUUACUAUUAACACCGAUUCCUUUUCUUAUUCAUUACCUAACUUUCUUCCAAGAUUAAACUUGUCUGAAAACAUAUGAUGGCUAAUAAGAAAAUACAUAAUGCAUGAAGUUACCAAACCAUGCCAAAUCUUGCCGCAGUUUGUGCUGGGGAGUCUGUCUGUAGAGAGAUUGCUUACUCCAAUGCUACAUGUAAACUUGCCAUUGUUUGAAAUAUUUUUGUAUAAGAGAUGGUACAUUAAAGUAUAAUAUUUUUUGUCGGAUUUAUUUUAUUCAUAAUCUUUAAGUAAAAUGAACUUAAUUAUUAUGUAUUGUUGACAUAAUUAAAGAUAAUCGUAUCGUGCCUCAUGUGAACAUAGAUAUUUUUAUUUUAUGCCAAUAUUUGUAAAAUCUAGGUUAUAAGUAAGUACGUAAUGAUUGGUAAUAAUAUUUUAUCGCGAUAUUCAUUUAUUUAAAUUUAGUUAAUGUCUAAAAAUUGCAAUAAUCUUUUGUACAGGAAGAUUGGAAGGUAAAUAUUGUAAUAUAAAGAUGAACAUGAUAGUUUGUCGAGAUAUAUAAAUAAUAUGUACAUAGUUAUGAGAGAACUUAAUUAUAUUAUUAUAUAAGGUUGUUGUGGUUAUUAACUCACAGAACCUGGAAUUGUGUGCCUUCAGCAAACUACAUUGCUAAUUUAUUUUGGAUCAUUACGUGUCGUCUGAUAUCGACAGACGUUACCUACCCAAUUAUGUCCACAUGCUCUUUUUAUUACUUACGAG